GUCAAAGUUCGCUAUUGUCAGUUCGCUUUGUUGCAAUUUGUUAACAAAAAUAAAUAAAUAAUACUUUCUCUGCACAUUGUGAACUACAAACUUUAUUUUAGUGUCGUCUACAACUUAUUCUCCCCGUCGGCGAAGUGAUGUUUCCAGCUUAAUCCCAACAACAAUAGUGCCGUGAAGGUGUAAAUUCGGUGUCAGUACCGAUGUGCUAGUGGCUGGGCGCGAGGACUGAGCAGCCAUGUCGUCAGUUAAGGUGGCGGUGAGGGUCCGCCCCUUCAACUCGCGGGAGAUUUCCCGCGAGUGCAAAUGUAUCAUCGAAAUGUCUGGCAACACCACAGUGAUAGUAAAUCCAAAAGCUCCGCCAGGCAGCAAGGAUAGUGCUAAAAGCUUCAACUUCGACUUCUCAUACUGGUCUCACAACCCGAGUGACCCGGAGUUUUCCUCUCAAGUGAUGGUAUACAAAGACAUCGGCGAGGAAAUGUUGCAGCAUGCUUUCGACGGGUACAACAUCUGCAUCUUCGCAUACGGGCAGACGGGGGCAGGCAAGUCGUACACCAUGAUGGGCCGGGGAGAGGACUGCCAGGAGGGCAUCAUCCCUCAGAUCUGCAAGGACCUCUUCCGCCGCAUCCGGCAGACCACUUCGGAGGACCUCAAAUACUCGGUGGAAGUAUCAUACAUGGAGAUCUACUGCGAGCGAGUGCGUGACCUUCUGAACCCGAAGAACAAGGGCAACUUGCGCGUGCGCGAGCAUCCUGCGCUCGGGCCCUAUGUGGAGGACCUGAGCAAGCUGGCCGUGACGUCAUACCAGGACAUAUACGACCUCAUUGAUGAGGGCAACAAGGCCAGGACUGUGGCAGCUACAAACAUGAAUGAGACCUCAUCCCGCUCUCACGCUGUCUUCACCAUAUUCUUCACACAGCAGCGACACGACAAGACCACCGACCUUAUGUCUGAGAAGGUGUCAAAGAUAUCCCUGGUGGACUUGGCUGGCUCCGAGCGUGCCGACUCCACCGGAGCUAAAGGCACCAGGUUGAAGGAAGGCGCCAACAUCAACAAGUCACUCACGACCCUCGGGAAAGUCAUCUCCGCUUUGGCUGAAAUCGCGUCAAAGAGCAAGAAAUCGAAGAAGGCAGACUUCAUCCCGUACCGCGACUCGGUGCUCACGUGGCUGCUGCGGGAGAACCUCGGCGGUAACUCCAAGACGGCCAUGAUCGCGGCCAUCUCGCCAGCCGACAUCAACUACGACGAGACACUCAGUACUUUGCGCUACGCUGACCGUGCCAAGCAGAUCGUAUGCAAGGCCGUGGUCAACGAAGAUGCCAAUGCCAAGCUCAUCAGGGAGCUUAAAGAGGAGAUCCUCAAGCUGCGAGAGCUGCUUAAAGCCGAGGGCAUCGAGGUCGAGGAAGGACCAGAUGGUAGAGUCGUUUAUGAAAAGAAAGAACCAACCAGAGAGGAGAACGCUUCCCCGAUCCGCAAGAAGAGCGAGGCAGAGGAAGCACUGUCGCCGAAGCUGUCCCGAGCGGCCACGACUAUUGCCGAAGAGGCCGUCGACCAAUUGCAGGCCUCCGAGAAACUUAUUGCAGAACUAAACGAAACCUGGGAAGAGAAACUCAAGCGUACAGAACAGAUACGCGUGCAACGUGAGGCUGUCUUCGCCGAAAUGGGCGUAGCCGUGAAGGAAGGAAUUACCGUGGGUGUAUACUCGCCCAAGAAGACGCCGCAUCUGGUCAACUUAAACGAAGACCCCAACCUGUCUGAAUGCCUCAUCUAUUAUAUCAAGGAUGGUAUCACCCGCCUGGGCACAGCUGAAGCGAAUGUGCCCCAAGAUAUCCAGCUGUCCGGCUCUCACAUCCUGAGCGAGCACUGCAUCUUCGAGAAUACCGACGGCGUCAUCUGUCUCAUCCCGCAUCGUGGCGCGCUCGUAUACAUCAACGGACGUGAGGUGACGGAGCCAAUAAUCCUGAAGACGGGUUCCCGCGUGAUCCUGGGCAAGAACCACGUGUUCCGCUUCACGCACCCCGGCCAGCCGCGCGAGGAAGCUGUCUCCAACAAGGAGCUCACCACUUCUGAAUCAGCCGACGUCAAAAAUACUGAGAACGUAGAUUGGGACUUCGCGCAGUGCGAGCUUUUGGAGAAGCAAGGCAUUGACCUAAAGGCAGAGAUGCAGAAGCGACUGCAAGGAUUGGAAGAACAGUGGCGCAGGGAGAAGGAGCACGCCGACCAGCAGUUCGAGGAACAGAGGAAGAACUACGAGGCCCGCAUCGACGCGCUGCAGCGCCAGGUGGAGGAGCAGAGCGUCACCAUGUCCAUGUACUCCUCGUACACUCCUGAGGACUUCCACAACGACGAGGACAUAUUUGUGAAUCCCCUGUUUGAGACAGAGUGUUGGUCCGCGCGCGAGGUCGGUCUGGCUGCGUGGGCGUUCCGCAAGUGGAAGUACCAUCAGUUCACCUCGCUCCGGGACGACCUGUGGGGCAACGCUAUAUUCCUCAAGGAAGCAAACGCAAUAUCAGUGGAGCUCCGCAAGAAGGUCCAAUUCCAGUUCACCUUGUUAACGGACACGCCCUACUCCCCUCUCCCCGCGGAGUUGGCCCCCCGAGAUGACGCGGACGACGAGUACCGCCCCAGCGCUCCCACAGUGGUUGCUGUCGAAGUUACCGACACUAAGAACGGCGCAACACAUUACUGGACGCUGGAGAAACUACGCCACCGGCUGGAGCUCAUGCGGCAGAUAUACAACAUGAACGAGAGCGCGGGCGGCGAGGACGAGGAGCCGCCGCCGCUCGUGCUGCAGCCGCCGCCCGCGGUGCUGGCGCAGCAGCAGCAGCAACAGCAGCCGGCAGACUUGCUGCAGUGUAUCUCUGCGGCGGCGCAGCACACGCGCCUGUCGUUAGCCAACCUCCUCCCCUCCAGACAACGCUUGGAGCUGAUGCGUGAGAUGUAUCACAACGAGGCGGAGUUGUCCCCGACGUCGCCCGACCACAACAUCGAGUCAGUCACCGGCGGCGACCCCUUCUACGACCGCUUCCCUUGGUUCCGUCUCGUUGGACGGGCCUUCGUGUACCUGUCGAACCUGCUGUAUCCGGUUCCGCUCAUUCACAAGGUGGCGAUAGUGAACGAGAAAGGAGACGUGAAAGGCUUCCUGCGGGUCGCCGUACAGGCGGUCAUCGACGCUGAGAAGAAUAAUGCGGAGUUCGCAGCGGGCGUGAAGCAGUCAGCGAAGAUAUCGUUCGACGACGACGUGGUCCCGGCGCGACGCGUCAAGGCCAUCACUAAUGUCGACAAAAACAACGCGCUCAACUUGGAAGACCGCAUCCAGGAUGUCACCGACUCCAACAUUAAGAUCGAAGAAUUGGCAGUGGGCGAGUGCGACGCGGACAGCGGCCGCGGCGACAGCUCGCUCGCUUCAGAGCUCAAAGAAGAAGACCUGCCCGAGCACCUGACUCUAGGCAAGGAGUUCACCUUCCGCGUCACAGUGCUGCAAGCACACGCCGUGUCCACGGAUUACGCCGACGUGUUCUGCCAGUUCAACUUCCUUCACCGCAAUGAAGAUGCAUUCUCGACAGAGCCCGUCAAGAACACAGGGAAGAACACUCCAUUGGGCUUCUACCACGUGCAGAAUAUCACAGUGCCAGUAACUAAAUCAUUCGUGGAGUACAUCAAGACACAACCGAUCGUGUUCGAAGUGUUCGGACAUUACCAACAGCACCCAUUACACAAGACGGCAAAAAUGAGCAAUGAUAAACUUCUCGUUCAAGAAAAAUAUGACGCGAAGCAGGACGGGCCGGUGGCGGGGCGCACGCCGCCGCGCCGCAUGCUGCCGCCGUCGCUGCCCAUCUCGGCGCCCGUGCGUUCGCCCAAGUGGGGCGCAGCCGCCGUGGCGCCGCCCUGCUGCUCCAGCCACCUGCACUCCAAGCAUGACCUGCUGGUCUGGUUCGAGAUCUGCGAGCUCGCGCCCAACGGGGAAUACGUUCCUGCUGUGGUGGAGCAUAGUGACGAUCUGCCAUGCCGGGGGUUGUUCGUGCUGCACCAGGGCAUCCAACGCCGCAUCCGCAUCACCAUCCUGCACGAGCCCUCGCAGCACCUCGUGUGGACCGACGUGCGCGAGCUCGUUGUCGGACGUAUUCGCAACACACCGGAAGCUAACGAAGACACGACAGACGGUGAUGAAGAUGGCGCGCUGUCACUUGGACUAUUCCCGGGCGAGAGACCAAAUCUUGACGAUAGGGCCGUGUUUAGGUUCGAAGCGGCGUGGGACAGCAGCCUGCAUGGGUCCCCGCUGCUCAACAGGGUCAGCCAGAACGGAGAGGUGGUCUACAUCACGCUCAGCGCCUACCUUGAGGUAGAGAACUGCAGCCGGCCAGCCAUCGUGACCAAGGACCUGUCGGCGGUGGUGGUGGGCCGCGAGCGCUCGGGCCGCUCGCUGCGCCGCGCGCUCUUCGGGUCCCGCGCCGCACGCGCCGACCACCUCACCGGCGUCUACGAGCUGUCCUUGCACCGGGCGCUCGAACCAGGAGUACAACGCCGCCAGCGCCGGGUGCUGGACACGAGCGGCACCUACGUGCGCGGGGAGGAGAACCUGCACGGCUGGAGGCCUCGCGGGGACUCGCUUAUAUUCGACCACCAGUGGGAGCUGGAAAAGAUGACCCGCCUGGAGCAGGUGGGGCGCACGCGCCACAUCCUGGCGCUGCGCGAGCGGCUGCGCCACGGACACGAGAACACCGUCGCGCCCAACGACUUUACCAAGACGGAGAAGGAGGUGUGCAACAUGGCGGCGAAGGCGGCUUCGGAGUGUGCGCACGCGGCCCGCGACGAGGCCGUGUACGAGCCGUGGGACAUGACGCCGCGCGAGCGGGAACUCGCCACCAAGUACAUCAAGCUCAUACAGGGGCGAGUAGGCAACGCCGGCAAGGAGGCGGAGGGCGCAGUCUCGCCCGCGUCCCCCGUGGACGAGGGCGUAGCCGCCGACCUGUCCACACCCUCGCUACUCUCCUCCAUACACAGCGCUAGCAGCAUAGAGUUGUGCUCGCCGGAGCGCGCGCUGCUGGAGAAGUCGAUGGCGGCGUGGGUGGGCGGCGGGGGCGGCGCGGGCGGCGCGCUGUACGUGCCGGAGUGCGAGGAGGUGCGGGUGUCGGCGGCCGUGGCGCGGCGCGGGUACCUCAACGUGCUGCAGCACGGCUCGCACGGCUGGAAGAAGCGCUGGCUGGUGGUUCGCCGGCCGUACGUGUUCAUGUACCGUGACGAGCGCGACCCGAUCGAGCGCGCCGUCAUCAACCUGGCCAACGCGCACGUCGAGUACUCCGAGGACCAAGAACAGAUGGUCCGCAUGCCCAACACCUUCAGCGUGGUGAGCAAGGAACGCGGGUACCUGCUGCAGACCUUGGGCGACAAGGAGGUCCACGACUGGCUGUACGCCAUCAACCCGUUGCUGGCCGGACAGAUAAGGUGUGGUGCCGCAGGUCGCGCUCGGCGCGGCGCGGGCAGGCGCCGGGGGCGGGGCCCGCGGGCACGCCAUGAGACCAGCUCACGAUGGAGUCUAUACUCGUUUUUUAAAUGCGUCACCGACGCCGGCACCCUGCAAGCGCAAAGAGCCCUACUCGACGCGCAUCCCUUGCCGAGGUAUUGAAACGCCACCCUAUCACUUUACUUCCAUAACUCGUAAGCUUCUCUAGACUUAAGCCGACGACAACCUGAAACCGAAACAAACUAGUGGACCACGAACCUGUGCAAGGCCUUGUAAAGCUAAGAACGAUAAAAUUUAUAAAAAAAAAUGCUAUUGUACUUUAGAAAGUAUCAUAGUCAUUAUGCUAUAAGUUGCUCUGUAUAGAACGAGUGGUCGGCCGUGCACACGCUCGUACGAUGUUCCAGGCUGUCGUCACUUCUUCGUUAGUAAAGUGAUGCCAAAUUUUCAUCAGUGAAAGGAAACUGUGUGUCACUGGUUUGGUGGGUUGUUGUAAACGAAUUAUAAUGAUGACUCAACUUUUUCAUAAUAAGAAAAAAUAAGAAUUUCAAUAAUUUAUUUGUGGUCCAUUUUUUAAACAGGUUAAAUGGCUUUCGAGUUUCAAUUGUUGCAAUUUGGGACCACAAGAAAACGAUUUUAACGCCAGGUGACAUUGAAAUCAAUUAUUUUAGCAUAUCCCAGAUAUUAAACCAAGGUGCAUUGAAUGCGAAAUACGAUUUAUACGUAAAUAUAUAUGUAUGUUGUUAUAUCUGUGUUAUAUCGUUUUAUUAAAGAGUUUUAACUUUUUUGAUGGUCAAAAGAGUGGAUGGGACCAAACCGGUGCACUGAUAACGGAGCGGGGUAAGAUAAACUAUUACAGGAGAGACGAUACGGAACAAUAACGAACGUUUAGGACGGGACUAUCCAAUGGCUGUUUCAAUAUCUACUAAAUGGAUGCUCGUUGAUCGUAAGCUCUUUAUACUAGUACUUAUGUAUUACUUUACUCAAUACUCUUAUGGUAUAUGAAUUACUAUCUUAGAGUUGUAAACAAUUUAAUGUUGAGUGCAAUAUGAAAGAUUUUGUGAUAAAAGCGUUCGCUUUAAGUUGAAGUGUUUAUGAAUCUAUCAACAUCGAUUUGUGAUUAUUUCCAUUUUGACGCCGUGUUUUACAGUUCCCUUUAUUUUCCAAGGUUGACUAGUUGACAAUACCACUUGUUUUUGAACGUGCAAUAAAUUGUAGAUGUCAUAAUAUAUAUUAAUGUUGCGCACAAAGUAAAUGUCGGCGGUGUCUGAUAGACUCCAUUUUGUAAGACGAGAUUUAAGAAUUUAAUGUGAAAAGACAAAUUACUGAAAAUAUCU